AAAAGAGACUAACGAGUUUACCUGCGAUACAGAUACGGUCCCAUCCCUGUCUUUCCCUUUUCUUUUUCUCACAUUUCAUUUCUCUCUCUUCUCACUUUCUCUCUCUUUCGCACGCUUCAAUCUCUCAGUUCGAUCUCUCUUCUACGCGACAAUCUCUUCAAAUUCGCAACAACGCACAAUGGUUCAUAAGGGAAGCCCUAGCGCGUCGCUUUGUCACUCUGCGCCGUCUCCCCGAUGAUCAUGGAGCUCUCGGAUUCCACCGGCGGUGACCGAAACCUCAACGCGCCGCCGCCACUGCCGCCGCCGCACAACAACCACAACCAAGACGCGCGUUCCGGCCUCGGAAUCGACCUAAACGAGAUCCCGUCGCCUUCAUCUUCGUUUCCAGAAACCCUACCGGGCUCCGUCACCGUCGACGUCGUCCGCUCAUAUCACGACAACCCGGCGCCGCCUCCGGGAGGUCCCGCCGCCCUCCCCCGCAGUGGCUCCUCUCCCUGCGCCGCAUGCGCCAAGCCCUCCCCCGCCGCCGGCAGCCACCACCAACUCGUCGUGUGCGACGGCUGCGAGCGCGGCUUCCACCUCGCCUGCGCCGGAAUUCGCGGCGGAGGCCGGCAGGCAGCGAGCCUCGACGAAUGGGUCUGCGGCGAGUGCGUCGCCGCCGGAGUGAAGAGCAAGCGGUGGCCGUUGGGCGUUAAGCAGCUUCUCGAUAUCAAUGCUCCGCCGCCGAGCGACGCCGAAGGCGACGGAGGCGACGGAGGCGACGAUGAAGUGCAGGUUUCGAGAAAGCACGCUCUGGGUGAUAAUUCUUUUGCUGCCAAUCCAUUUGGUGCCCUAGUGACGAAUUCAAACUUCAACAAUGGGAAUGCUAAUGGCUUCCAAAAGGCAUCUGAAGUUGUGACACAUGCUGUUAGAGUCGGUUUUGAGGAUAUAUUGAACCAUACUCAGUCAAUUACUAGAAGCUUUGAGGAGGCUCUUAGAGAUUUUGUAUCUGAACGGCGUGGUGUACUAGAGGAAGGUUGGCGAGUGGAAUUUAGACAAUCAGUGAGCAACUCUGAACUGUAUGCAGUUUACUGUGCACCAGAUGGAAAGAUAUUUGAUUCUGUGUAUGAAGUGGCUUGUUAUUUGGGGCUAACGUCUGGCUACAACUCUAUUGAAUCUGAACUAAGGAGUGAGAGGUCUCUCCCUUCUUUAGGUGGGCCUCCAUCCAGAAAAAGAAAGUCAACAAGGACUACAGUAGCCAACGGUUCUAUGGAAAAUCGGGGAACCUCGACGAAUAGUAAUUGUAAGGAUCCUCCUUGUGAUGGUUUAAAUGUGGAAUGUGCUAGUGCUAGGGGAAAUAUCCCAAAACCCUCUGAAAUUGGAAGAAAAGAGGAUUGCCACUCCUGCUCUCAACAAUCUGCUGAUGGACUUCCUCUACAGUUCAAGGACUUCUUUGUUCUUUCUUUGGGGAAAGUUGAUGGGAGACCUUCAUAUUAUGAUGUUAAUCUUAUCUAUCCUGUAGGUUAUAAAUCUUGUUGGCAUGACAAGAUCACUGGCUCUCUUUUUACAUGUGAAGUUUUGGAAGGUGGUGAUUCUGGACCUAUAUUUAGGAUCCGAAGGUGUUCCUGUUCUGAAUUUCCUGUUCCAGUUGGGUCAACCAUACUCUCAAUGUCAAAACUUUGUCAAGUUGUGAGUCAAACCAAUGAAGGUGAGAGAAAAACUAAUGCUAAUAUGGAUUUAGAUUAUGAUGAAGGUCUCCAAAUGAUGCUUUUAGACUCUUGUUUGCCAACGGAAAAUGAUAUCCUAAGUUGCUUCCCAAGCUGCUCGAUUGAGUCACGUGAUAUGUCAGAUGUAUUACACCCUAUUACUAGUUCAGUUCAAGAUAAUGCUAGCAAUUCAUUAGCUGAUAACUUGGGGUUUAAUGGCCUUGGCGAAAUUUUGGUGGAAGAGCGGUCGUCAUUCUCUGCGUGGAGAGUUAUUUCUCAAAAGCUAGUUAAUGCUUGCAAGGAUAUCUUAAAACUGAAAGGAACUCUCAAGUUCUAUUGUAACCAUGUUGAUAAGUGGGAUUUAAGGAAUGGAAAAAGUGAUACAUACUGUACUUCGUUGGAUAAAUUUUGUGGUUCUCUUGGUUCAGUUGGCAUCCCAGAUGUAAUUUAUUCAGACAAUGAUCUGGAAGGUAUCUACGUGGCAUUGGGAAAAUGGUUGGAGCAGGAUAGAUUUGGAUUAGAUGUUGAAUUUGUGCAAGAAGUAUUGGAACAGCUUCCUAGUGUCCAAGACUCUUUGCAGUAUGAACUUUUAAAUAAUAGAAAUAAUAGCUUGUCAUUGCCAACAGUUGAAAAUGGUUUCUUAGUGGUUGAAUGGAGAGAUGGAUCAAAAUAUCAGGAAGAAGCAGUUCAAGCUUUAUAUGGAAGGUCCAAGAAGGUGACUGAAAAAAGUAUUAAGGAAAGUUGUCAUCCACCACUUGGGAAGCCAUUAUGCUCUAGGGCUCCUGGUGAGCUCAUUGGUGACAUUUUUCAGGCUUGGGAGCUUUUAAAGCGAUUUCAUGAAAUUCUGGACCUGAAAGAACCAUUGACAUUAGAUGAACUUGAGAAAGAACUCAUUAACCCCUGGUUUGAUGGAUCAAAUUUUCUUGAGAAAUCUGAGAGGGACAUGGAUGAAAGUCAAGUUUUUAUUUCCCUAGGAGCUGAUGGUAAUGGUAGACCAUUAUUAUCCCCAAGAUGUGAAGUUGAUCCAUCAGUUUCCAUAGAAAGUUCUCAUGCAUUUAUUCAUGUGGAAACAGAAGCAAUGAAAGAGACAGAUCAAGUUAAGCUUGCCUCUUUCACAUAUGCCAGAUGCUUCGGUGUAGCUUUGACCAAGGCUCAUAAAUCGUUGCUAAGAGUUCUAAUAGGUGAAUUGCUGUCAAAGGUGGCUGCCCUGGUAGAUCCAAAUUCUGAACCUGGAGAAUCACGAACAAGACGGGGAAGAAGGAAAGAUAUGGAUAGUGCAGUUCCUGCUAAACGAACCAAGCUCAAUAUGCUUCCUAUUAAUGAAUUGACUUGGCCAGAAUUAGCUCGUAGGUAUAUGUUGGCUUUUUUGUCAAUGGAUGGUAACCUUGAGUCUGCAGAAAUUACUGCUCGCGAGAGUGCUAAAGUAUUUCGUUGCUUACGUGGUGAUGGUGGUUUGCUGUGUGGUUCUCUUACUGGUGUGGCUGGGAUGGAAGCAGAUGCACAGCUGCUUGCAGAGGCUACAAAGACAAUUUUUGGUUCUUUAAGCAGAGAAAAUGACAUACUAACCAUGGAAGAAGAAGAGUCUAAUGCAAAGGGUGCUCCUGAAAUUUUUUUGGCAAAUGAUGGUAAUGUUUCUGAAUGGGCACAGAUGCUAGAACCUGUCAGAAAGCUACCAACAAAUGUAGGCACCCGAAUCAGAAAGUGUGUUUAUGAGGCUCUGGAAAAGAAUCCACCAGAAUGGGCAAGGAAAAUACUGGAGCAUUCAAUCAGUAAGGAAGUGUACAAGGGCAAUGCUUCUGGACCAACAAAGAAAGCAGUUCUUUCAGUGUUGGUUAAAGUUGGUGGUGAAGGAUUGCAAUCGAAUCCCAAUAAAAGCCAGAAAAAGAAAAUUGUUAUAUCAAUUUCUGACAUUAUCAUGAAACAAUGUCGCAUUGUAUUACGUCGUGCCGCUGCUGCAGAUGAUUCAAAGGUUUUUUGCAAUUUGUUGGGAAGAAAAUUAAUAAAUUCUUCAGAUAAUGAUGAUGAGGGGCUUCUUGGAUCUCCAGCCAUGGUAGCCCGUCCUCUUGACUUCCGCACUAUUGACCUAAGAUUAGCUACUGGAGCUUAUGGUGGAUCUCAUGAAGCUUUUCUGGAGGAUGUCCGCGAGCUGUGGAACAAUGUCCGUGUUGCUUUUGGGGAUCAACCUGAUUUAGUUGAGCUGGCUGAAAAACUGACCCAAAACUUUGAAUCAUUAUAUAAUGAGGAGGUUGUCACCUAUGUCCAAAGAUUUGUGGAAUAUGCUAAACUGGAAUGCUUAAGUGCAGAAAUGAGAAAGGAAGUUGGUGAUUUUAUUGAGUCAACAAAUGAGAUUCCGAAGGCCCCUUGGGAUGAGGGAGUAUGUAAAGUAUGUGGCAUUGAUAGGGAUGAUGAUAGUGUUCUACUAUGUGAUACUUGUGAUGCUGAGUAUCAUACAUAUUGCUUGAAUCCUCCACUUGCGAGGAUCCCUGAGGGAAACUGGUACUGUCCUUCUUGUGUUGUUGGUAAACAUGCAACUCAAAAUGUUACAGAACGUACACAGGUUAUUGGCAAACGGCAAAGUAAAAAAUUCCAGGGAGAAGUCAAUUCUCUUUACUUAGAAUCUCUAGCUCAUUUAUCUGCUGCAAUUGAAGAAAAAGAAUACUGGGAGUACAGUGUGGGCGAGAGAACUUUCCUUCUCAAGUUUUUAUGCGAUGAGUUGCUUAAUUCUUCCCUGAUACACCAGCACCUUGAGCAAUGUGCAGAGUUGUCUGCAGAGUUACAUCAGAAAUUGCGUGCACACUCUGCAGAGUGGAAAAGUCUGAAAACUAGAGAGGAUAUUUUAUCCACAAAAGCUGCCAAAAUUGAUACUUUCUCACUAAAUACUGCUGGAGAAGUUGGUCUUAAGGAAGGGUUUGCUUCUUUGUUAUCAAAUACUGGUAAAUGUCUGGUCCAGCCACAUACUGCAGUUGACAAUCCUAGUAAUUUUGGGGUAUUUGUUGAUAGUCUGCCUUCAGAAGAGGUUACCAAAGAUAAGUAUAGGUUUGAUAGUGUUGAUAAAAGCAUAUCUGUGACAAAUUCAGAUUCUGAUAGCCAAAAUAUGAAUUCCAUAGAUGUAGAGGGGCAAUUUAGAAAUGUCUCUGGCGCUGUGGAGUCUCAAUGUACAGACAAAUCCCCCAAGUCUUUUCCAUUGCCAAAUCAUAUGCCUCAAGAAACAAAUGGUGCUGGUGGAGCAUCUCUUGUUCAGGGUAAAAACCAGAAAUGUGAGGGAAAGGACAUACCUACUCCUGUGUCUUACCAGCAAGGAAUGCCUGUUGAUGUUCCUCAGAUUUCUGUGAAUGAGUCCGAACCCUACCACCUUGAGCUCAUUGCCAUCAAACGUGAUAUUUCGCUAUUGCAGGACUCCAUAACUAGUGUAGCAUCACAGCUGCUGAAGCUCUCUGUUCGCCGGGAAUGUUUGGGUAUUGAUUCCAUUGGUCGAUUGUACUGGGCUUCGGCUUUGCCCGGAGGACGUUCACGUAUAGUUGUUGAUGCAAGUGCUGCUUUGCUGCAUGGAAGAGGAAUGACAUUUAGCAGAGACUAUGUGGAGAAGUUUUCUGUUCUGCAGCAUUGUGCACUAUCUGACAAGGAUUCCUCUUUAAUGUCUCAGCCUAGUAAUCCUUUGGGCAAUAGUUCUCCGUGGAUUGCUUAUGAAACUGAUGUUGAAAUUGAAGAGCUCUUAGGUUGGCUGGAUGAUAGUGACCCUAAAGAAAGAGAACUGAAAGAUUCCAUUAUGCUGGGGCCAAAAUCAAGAUUCCAACAGUUUAUUAAUGCACAGACUGAAGAUCGGGCCAAGGACCAAGGAAAUGUUUCUAUGCCAAGAAACAGAGAGAAAACAGUAUCUAAUUCUCUUGUUACCAAGGCAACUUCCUUGCUGGAAAAGAAAUUUGGUCCCUUUGUUGAGUGGGAUAAUAGUGAAGUGUUAAAGAAGCAAAAUAGAAAGACCAGAACAACUAAUGAUGAAAAGUUGUAUAGGUGUGAGUGCCUAGAACCCAUAUUGCCUUCUAGGAAACACUGCACACAUUGUCACAAAACUGUUGCGAGUGACAUUGAAUUUGAUGGGCACAAUGAUGGCAAGUGUAAUGCAGGUCUUCUGGCCAUAGAGAAGAAUAAGGAUAAAAAUGGAUCUUCUAAAGGAAGAGGGAACUUAAAAUGUGAUACCUUACAUGAAAAAUUCAGAGCUGAUGCGGAAACAGCUUUGACCUCGGUUAGUGGAUCUUCUAAGCUUAGCUCAAGAUUGAUUAAAUUUUCAAAUGAAGAAUCCACAUGCCCAUUUAAUUUUGAAGAUAUAUGUUCCAAGUUUGUGACAAAUGAUUCUAACAAGGAACUUGUCAGCGAAAUAGGUCUUAUUGGUUCAGAUGGUAUCCCAUCCUUUGUUCCUUCUGUAUCUCCUUUUGUUAGUGAAUAUACACUCUCAGCUCAAAAGGAUGAAAGCAUUGUUGGUGGUGUGUCCAUAGUGUCAGAAAGCCGGGUUUCUCAGGGAAACACUGAUGGAGCUGGCACAUGCCUUGACCAUAAAUCUGGCAUUUCUACUGGAAAAUUGGCUGCAAAUGAAAGCAAUAAAUCCAACAAAUCAUCCUUGAGAGAACAAAGAGAUGGAAAAUUCUCUUUUUGUAGUCCUGCUUCAGUUAUGGGAGCCGAUGGGUGCUGUGUGGUUCCUUCGCCUUCAUUGAGACCACUAGUUGGAAAAGCUUCUCACAUUUUGAGGCAGCUGAAGAUAAAUCUACUUGACAUGGAUGCUGCACUCCUGGCAAUUGCUCUUAGACCAUCAAAGGCUGUGCCAGACAGAAGACAGGCUUGGCGUACAUUUGUAAAAUCUGCAAAGACUAUAUAUGAGAUGAUUCAGGCAACAUUUACACUGGAGGAUAUGAUUAAGACAGAGUACUUGAGGAAUGACUGGUGGUACUGGUCAUCAUUCUCAGCAGCUGCCAAAUCUUCUACUUUGCCUUCCCUUGCCCUUCGCAUAUACUCCCUUGAUUUAGCCAUUAUAUAUGAGAAGAUGCCCAAUUCAAGCUUUACUGACAGCUCUGAACCUUCUGUCAUAGCGGAACCAAAACCACUGAUGAAUGUGGACACAGAAAAAUCCAAAGCAAGCCGGAAGUCAACCAGGAAAAGGAAGGAAUCAGAUAGUUGAUCUCAUACUUAUACUCUUGGCUCAGAAAAUCUGAUAGCUGAUUGGUUUUAUGUGGUGUGAUGUGAUCAUCCACUGGUAUGAUUGGGCCAUGGGGCAGCCACAGCUGGUGUCUCUUGCAUGCUUGUACAUAUAGGUAAAACUGACCUGCUAACUCAGAUGCUGGUUUUUGGCUAAGCAGAAUUUGUAGGAUUAUCUGCUUUCAGUGGGGGGCACCAGUAUGAGGGAAAUUGUGAGGAUGCGUCCAAUUUUGAAAUGAUUUCUGCUGCAGCUGUCCAGUUGGCUGCUCCAUAGCAGAGAAGUACAUUUUUCAUUUUUCUAGCAGAGUCUGAUCCAUAAAUGUAUACAAAUGGAAUUAUUGUAAAGAAGGAAUAGGAAAAAAGUAGUAAAAAAAGGAAAGGAUGGGAAAGAAGUAAGAAAAUGUUAAGUCGAGCAGUUGUAGGCAAUAUUUCAUUCUUUAUACUUUUUCUCUGACCCCAGAAAAGUCCUGCACACGCAUGCCCUUGAUUUUGUUCUUGGGCAUCUGCAGAUGUGUUAGAAUGCAGGGGAAUUAUUGGAAUCAAAGCUUUUUUCCAUCUGCUUUGUGCUGCU